AUGGAGUACGCUACGAGCGCGGAAGCGCCCGCCGCUCCCCUUCAGCUUCGCCUUCCACUUGACUCUGCCCAUGGCCCCACGGUGACGAAGGCCUCUACGUCACUCGCGUCGCCCAAUGGCGCCCUUGUCACCUCAUCAUCUCGUCCCACAGACUUCACCAUGUCGUUCUUCUCGAAUCAAGUCCCAGCUGGACCCGCCGGUACAUACCAACCCACCGAGCAUCAUCCAGAAAGGUUCUGUGCGCGGCGCGAGUGUCUACUUCUCGACAUGUCGGAUACUUAUCUUGUCUACGUGCCCGACUCUCAAGAUGCGUCUUGCUGGCGUUGGCCUCACCUGUGCACCAUAUUCUGUCUUUACCACCCGCGACCAUCUCUUAGCGAGCCGUCUACUUCGUUGGCCCUCUCGGAACCUGGAGAGGCGGAAAGGAAAAUCGUGCCGAUCGUUAGCUUGAUCGGUGAUUCUGUAGGAUGUGAUAUUACGCCAGCGUAA